CUUUUAUUGCCGGUCGGUGGUUCUCUGAUGGCCGCCGUCGCAGAUUCCGUGGAUAACGGCACAACUCCCAUACCCUCCGGAGUCACUGCCACAACAUUGCUUAACGAAAACUCUGAUGCCUUCCCUGAAUUGAAUCAACCGGAUAGCUCAGUUGCUGCGGAGAGAUGGCCAGGUUGGCCUGGGGAUUGCGUGUUUCGAGUGAUCGUCCCCGUAGCUAAAGUCGGAGCUAUCAUCGGACGCAAAGGAGAUAUCAUCAGAAAGAUGUGCGAGGAGACUCGCGCUCGCAUCAAAGUCCUCGACGGUCCCGCCACGACUCAAGAUCGCGUCGUGCUAAUAUCUGCGAAGGAAGAUCUAGAGGCGUACAUGUCGCCUGCAAUGGGAGCAGUCGUGAGGGUGUUCAGACGAGUUUCAGAAUUGCCUGAUAACGAUGACGAUGAUGAUGUUCAAAAAGCUGGAAGUGCCGUCUCUUCAGUGCGUUUAUUAGUUACGUCUAUGCAGGCGAUAAGUUUGAUAGGGAAACAAGGAUCCUCCAUUAAAGCAAUAGUAGAGAACUCUGGUGCAUCAGUUCGCAUUUUAUCAGAAGAGGAAACACCGUUUUAUGCUGGGCAAGAUGAGAGGAUAGUGGAUGUGCAGGGGGAAGCUUUAAAGAUUGCAAAAGCGUUAGAAGCGAUUGUUGGCCACCUAAGGAAGUUUCUAGUCGACCAUUCUGUGGUUCCUCUCUUCGAGAAGCAAUACUUAGCUAGAGUCUCUCAAGUUCGCCAGGAAGAACCCUUGGCUGAAAACAAGUCAUCUCUCCAUACUCUUUCGUCAAAUGUGAUGGAGUCUGAUCUCUCCCUCUUAGCACGAAGGGAGCCUCUGUUUUUGGAGCGUGAUCCUCGGGUGGAGUCACGUGUUCAACCUUCAGCAGCUUCUAUGUACGGUCAAGAUCCUGUACUCGCCGCCACCCUUGCUCGUGUUUCCGCUGCUUUUGUUACACAGGUAUCUCAAACAAUGCAAAUACCGUUCUCCUAUGCGGAGGAUAUUAUUGGUUUGGAAGGAGCUAAUAUAGCCUACAUCCGCCGGAGUAGCGGAGCUACCGUAACCAUUCAAGAGAGUCCACAUCCUGAUGAAAUCACAGUGGAAAUCAAAGGCACCUCUUCUCAAGUACAAACUGCUCAGCUGCUAAUUCAAGAGUUCAUCAGCAAUCACAAGGAACCGGUUUGGGUUUCAGGGGGAUAUGCUAGAGUCGACACUGGCUAUGUACCUGCUGUAUAUCCUCCUCAGCUGAGCAACCGUCAAGAGCCGCUCACGAGUACCUACACGGGCACAGAGACUGUGCAGUACAGACCAACAUCAUACUCUCAACUGCCUGGUCAGUCAACCUACACGCCGACUCUGACUGGGCAAACUUACGAUACGGAAUAUAGACCAGCUUCUGAUGUUAAUGGUUACAGCAGUUACAGUUUAUGAAUCGUUGUGCUCUGUGUUGUUCCGAAGUUAA